AUAUAGGCCCUUUUAAAAAGAUAUUGGCAGGCGGCGUUUGGUAUUUGUCCAAAAUCAAACCACUUGUACAUUCUGCAUAUUUCGUUAAAUUACCGAAAAUUUUCAUAUCGUACAUAAUGCUGUCGGACGGCUGUAAUAUUCUAUCCAUCAGUUAAUUGAAUAAGUGGAUCAUGCCUAUAGGAGGACGGCGUGCCGGAGGUGGGUUUGGAGGAAGGCGAGCUGGACAUGGAUUUGGAGGUCACGGGUUCGGAAACCGUGGCAUUGGAGGUCAUGGUUUCGGAGGCCAUGGGUUCGGAAAUCACGGGAUCGGAGCUCGGCAUCAUUUUCAUAAUCGGAACAACCGACGUCAUCAUCGUGGGGGUAACUUCAACCACGGACCCGUCAACGUUGGUAUACAGUGGAACAACCAAAAUGGUGUCAACACUAUCUCAGUAGUCGAUGGGCCUGGUAUACGCGCUCCCAGACAGACGUCAUCAAAUGCCGGCAUCCUCGUACUUUUGGUGAUACUGGGCACUCUUGGCCUCAUAGUCGGCGCAGUUCUCGGAACUCUAGGAGCCUGGACUUACAGUUUCUUGGGCAUCGCCGGAAUAGUUGGCAUUGUAAUUGCGGGAAUAUGCUGGGGUGUUAUACUCCUCAUCGUAAUCUGUCACGCCAUUAAUCAUUCAGACACACCGCCACCAAAUGCAGGGGAAACUCAGGCUACAGUUCCUGUCCAGAACCAGAUGGUACCCGCUGUAACCAUACAAGGAGGGCCAUCGACUUUAGCCUCACAAGGUGUGGAUACCACAUCAUAUGUCUUCCAGACCAGUGGAGUACUGCCUGGAGGACGCCACAUGGCACCGCAUACUUUCAAUAUACAGGUCCCACCAAACACAGCCCAGUCAUUCCAAAAUCUGCUACAAAACUUCCCAGGGUCACCCAACCCAUCUCCUGUACCAAACGAAUCUCUCCCGUACCCACCAACCUCGAGUAACGCGCCAGGCGUAGACCCUACACCGAUAUACCCUGGAGUUAACAUGGCUACGGCACCGCCAAUGGGCUACCCAUUCGCCCGUCCUCCACCACCCGAUACCAGCAACAAGGGCGUGGUCGAACCCACCCCAGAGGUAGAAGACAUGCCCCCUCCCCCGUCCUAUGAUGAUGCAGUAACGGGAAAGGUGGAACUCAACGAGACCAGUGAUGUUGGGAAGACCUAAGGGUACGGUGAACCCUGGUUUUAAAAUAUGCCGAUAUUAAAAGAGUCGACGACAAUCUAUUCGUCGGAAAACACAAACACACAUUCGAAACGUAUAAACAAAAUAAUUUAAAGUGGAGACUAGACUCAACAUCCUGGUAAGAAGCAACCGUGAUACAUGGGUGAAUCUAGUCUCAUUACUUCAGACUCUGUACUAUGCAGUAUGUUAAUAAUAAUAAUACCAUCAUGCUUAUAUAGCGCAUAUUACUGCCAAAUGCAUCCCUAUGCGAUUCAUUGGAUAUUAUUACCAUGGCUUUAGCCCCGCAGCCUUUUACAGCGCGGUGUCAUUUCAAGGAAUAAAUUCCUGCCAGGUACCCAUUUACCUCAUCUGGGUCGAGUGCAGCACAAUGUAGACAAAUUUCUUGCCGAAGGAAAUUACGCCAUGGCUGGGAUUCGAACCCACGACCGUCUGUUUCAAAGUCCGAAGACUAAUCCGCUGGGCCACAACGCUCCACUGUUAAAACCAACGGUCUAUGCCUGCAGAUUUGUCAAUUUAUGAUCAUGUUGACGACGACGACGAUGAAGAAUAUGAUCAAGCGAUAUUUGACUCACCCUUUAUCUUGUUAACCAAUGGAUGUUUUUACGUUUAAUGUUUUACGGAGUUCGACUUGGGUUCGGUUGAUAAAUAUUACGCUAAACAUUAGAAUCAAAGGGGUACGAAAUAUGCGGGGACAAAUCGACUUCAAGUUCAGACCUAUCAAUAUACCGGCUGAAAUGAAAUUCAUGUUGUAUGUUAUUCUUCAUGUAUAGAUAUUUAUUUUCCAUGUAUUUCUUUUCAUCCACAAAAGAGUGAUCCAGGGAAGGAUCAUUAAAUCGUUAAACAAUUUAAGUGAAUAUAUAAUCCGUUCAUAUUUUACUUUGUAAUUUUGAUAUAUAUAUAAAUAAAGGAAAAUGCCGUAGCUGCUAUACUUCACCCUACGAUUUCCAUCACAAA